GGAUUACCCCUCAUACCCGGACGUCACUUUAAAUAGCCUGCCUGCCUCUCUUCCAUCAUCUUACAACGAACCAUAAAAAUCCACUAUGCCGCCAGAACUGCGUGUCUGAUCCGCCACAGUCACCAAGAACCACGUUGGGGACAAACAAAAACAACAGAAAAACAACUCUAAAGUCAUUUCCCCGCCGCAUUUAAAUCGACACGGGAGAAGAUUUUAAGAAACAAAGUGCGACAUUUUUUUUUUUUCUGGUUUGACACAAGAAGGAAACUAAACGGAUUAAAUCGCUGGACUAAUGUGUGACUAGGAGCUACUUGAAUGGUGAAAUAUUCAUGAAACCCUCCCGGCUGCGACACACAGGACGAGGAGGAGCGGAAGAAGCGGACACCGUGAUUCCACCCACCGCCCGAUGAGCACAUUUCCAGCCCGCAUUACCUGUCUGCACACGGCGAAGAGACGCGAGAAUGUUAUCUCGGUUAAAUGAGCUGAUAUGGGCCGACUGGAUCUGGUUCCCAGAAGGCUACGGCUGGGAUGACCUGAAAGAUCACGAUGGGAAAGUCUUCCCUAAAACUCGGGACCUCUGGGCGGUUCUCCCCGUCGCGCUCUGCUUCCUCGUCAUCAGACAGAUAUUUGAACAGACAAUAGCACUUCCUUUAGCAUCUCUGCUGGGAGUGAGCGACGAGCAUCGUGUUUGUGCGUCGCCUAAUCCCGUCCUGGAGUCUCAUUUCUGUAGCACAUCUAAACAUCCCACACAGAGCUCCAUAGAGAGUUUAAGUAAACAGACGGGAUGCUCGGUGCGACAGGUGCAGAGGUGGUUCAGGCGACGGAGGAAUCAAGACCGACCCAGCAAGCUCAAAAAGUUUCAGGAAGCAAGUUGGAGGUUUAUGUUUUACCUUCUUGCUUUCUUUGCUGGCCUGGCCGUCCUUGUUGAUAAACCGUGGUUCCACGAUGUGAAACUGGUGUGGGAAAACUUCCCCAAAAUGCCGCUGUUGACCUCCCAGUACUGGUACUACAUGAUCGAACUCGGCUUCUACGUCUCCCUGGUUUUCAGCGUAGCAUCAGAUGUCAAGCGGAAGGAUUUCAAAGAGCAAAUCAUUCACCAUGUGGCUACCAUCCUCCUCAUCAGCUUCUCCUGGCUGGUCAAUUACAUCCGAGCCGGGACUUUGAUCAUGUUGGUGCAUGACGCCUCUGACUAUCUUAUGGAGUCGGCCAAAAUGUUUAACUAUGCAGGCUGGAAAAAAACCUGCAACUUCAUCUUCACUGUGUUCGCUGCAGUUUUCAUCAUCACUCGCCUCAUCAUCUUCCCCUUCUGGAUCAUAUAUGCAACGGGCGUGUACCCGCUGGGCCUCUAUACCACCUUCUUCGGCUUCUACUUCUUCAACGGGCUGCUGGUGGUGCUGCUGAUUUUGCACAUCUUCUGGACGGGCCUCAUCCUGCGCAUGGUCAUCAAAUUCCUGCCAGGAAAUGGCAUCGUGGAGGACGAGCGCAGUGAUAAAGAGGAGGUGGAGUCUGACGACGAAGACGACUGCAGCAAGCCGAAGAACGGCCAUGUGCAGAACGGUCACUCUGUCCUCAACAGCUACAGGAAAAGAGUCUGACUGGUCAGAAAGAGAGACUGGGUGAUUAUGAACAAAACAAAAAGAAAAGGUGACAAUGGCUCCCUCAUCUGGAAGCUGAAGAACAUGCAGCGGGCAUCGCAUUCAAAUUUACUCUCGUUUAUAUUUUAGGUUUUAGGGAACGCAGAAAGCUCCGAGGGGAUCGCUUGGCCUCUCUGUGGAUUACACUAAGAUAGAAAAGGAGCCGAUAUGAUCCCAUAAACACAGAACAAAUGUCCACUUCUAUAUUUUUCCUCUUUGUCGACCCGCCUGCUUCCAACUUUGUUUUCUUGAUGGGAAUAUUGUCUGGAAACUCGGCGCUUCGGAUGGUUUCUCCCGUCCCCACGGCUCAUCAAGACGCUUCGAAGUGUCGAUCUAAAGCUUAACUUAUUUUUGCUCUAAAUAAACACACAUGCCAGAGAUGAUGUGAUGAGCACUACUGUAAAUUUGGCUGUGAUUUAUUUUUUUAUUUUAAUUUUUUUUUCUCCUAUGGACCAUGAAUCGCCUUAAGUCCAAAGUUUUAUUCAGUUACAAAAAAAAAAAGUUUCUGCUGCAUUUCUGCCGCUCUAGCUCUUUUUGGCUAAACGUUGCACCUCCAGCGAGAUUAAAGACGAAACGAUAACAAUAAUUAAUAAUAAUUAAAUAGUGUGAGUGAAGGAGCCUAGCCUCCCAUACAAACUGAAAUGUGCCUUUGGAGAAAGGUCUUUAAAUACUUGCUUUUCUGAGCGAUGGUUUGUUUUAAAUGUUUGUUUUGUUUAAAAUCUUUCUUUCAUCGUUUAUUUCUUUUAGUGCAGCCAAAAAGGUUAAAUUUGGGAGCAAAGUGUUUGAUUAAGUUAUCAGUAAAUGAUGAUUAUUUUCUGGCUGGAGUAAUCCAAAGCAUAUCCACUUAGUACAUUUGCUUUUAUUUUUAUUAUUAUUAUUUAUGCCUCCGUCAUCUUGAGAUGCACUUUAUGGUUCUUUAGACGAUCAGUAUUGACUGGAAAAACUAGUGAAUCAUUUUAGUUACAGUUUUGAUUCAGAUUUCAAAUUAUUAUUUGUUUGGAGGUUCAAAAAAAAUUUUUUUUAAUUAUUUAUUCACGUGAAUAUUCAUUUGUUUUGACAGGGUUUUUGGUUUAGCUAGGAACAAAGAAAGAUGUUCGUCAAUAAAGAUGUAAAAAAAACAAAACAAAAUGUAACGCCAAAUUUUUGUUUACACUUUCUGAGACGUUAUUUGCAAGUGCCUUCAUCAUUUCAACUGUUAAAUUGUUAGCAAAACUAAAUCUUCUCGAAUGCCUUCUUGACCAAUCACAUGCAGCUCUCCGCUGACAACUUUGCUUCUGCUGAAGUGUUUUUAUUCUUCCUGAGUUGUACAUUUCUAACAUGGAUGAUAUAAAUUUGUGUGGAAAAAUAUCUGCUUUUAUUGCAUUUAUUUCUGAAGAUGAUAAAAUGUUUUUAACAGAUUUUAUUUAUCAACUGAAAUUUUUUUUCAUUGGGAAUUGUUUUGUGUUUUCUUUGCAUUUUGUAGACAAUACGACCAGUUGGGUAAAUACAAGACGCGAUUUAAGUUUUACAUGAAAUAACUUAAUAUUUGUAAUGAGAUACCAGCUCUAAUAAUAUUUGGUUAAUGUACAAAAUAUUAAAACAUUGGAUCAUAUUGCCAUAA